AUGUCGAUUAGAAAAAUAUUAUUUAAAUUAUGUGAUGAAUUAUUCGAAAGAAAAGAUGAAAAUACAAAAGAAAUAUUUCCAAAAAAGAGUGCUUUAUUAUUUCAAAAAAAUGAUCUGUCUACAUAUAUUUGGUAUCUCUAUCAAAUACAUAUUAAUGAAAAUACGCAAACUAAUAAUGAAUUAGGUUUUAUUGUUCCAUCAAAAUUAAUUGAAUUACCGACAUUUAAGGAUGGAUUAUCAACAAUAAAUAUUAUGUUUAGAAAACAAAUUAAUUAUUUUGAAAAUAAAAAUUUAUUCGAACAAUUUUCUAGACAUAUUUUUGAAAAUAUUUUUGAUAACGCAAUGUUAGAAUUUAAUAUUCGAGCUUCAUCUUUUAAAUUGCUUAUAUGCUUAUUAACAAAUUCCAAUGAAAUUGAUUUCAUUCGGAUGUUAAAUAUUUGUCACCGUCAUAAAAAAUCCAUUGAACAUCCAUUAUAUUUAUCAGACACUGAACUAUAUACUGUUUGGUAUCUUCCGACAAAACCUCUUGUUAUAUUUCUAUCGAAUGUAUCACGAAUAAAACGAGCAUUAGAUCGUAGGACUACUAGUCAAACAUAUGCUGAUUAUUAUGAAGAAAUAAUUCCUAAUAUUUAUAUUAAUAAAGAUUUAAUUAUGGGAUCAAUGAAAAUGAUAAAUAAAAGAAAAAUAAUAUUAAAUAAGCAUGAAGAUUUAAUUAUAUCAUCCGAUCAAACAAUUUAUUAUUAUCCAAUUGAACUUUUACAUUAUGCUCCAUUAAAUCAAUCAGAUUUAAUAUUAAUUUCUAAAUUUCCAAGUAUUCUUGUUCGACUAGUACAGUUACAUCAUAUUGAACAAUUAAGAAAAUUAUUUGCAAAAAAUAUUCAAUGUUAUAAUUUAAGCAAAUCAAAUGAAGUUAGUUUCAAAGAUUGUUUAACAGAAUAUAUGCAUAUAGUUUCACUUAAUCGUCUGAAUUAUGAUUUUUCUAUAAGUCAUGAACAACCAUCAGUUGAUAUUCUUUUUCAAGCAACAACUCGACGUUCAGUUAAUGAACAUUUUGACUUGGAAAAUUUAGAAAUUCUUGGUGAUUGUUUUUUAAAAUUAGCUAUAUCAAUGUCAUUAUAUUAUCAAUAUCCAUUGGCUAAUGCUGGUGAAUUAACAAAAGAAAAAACAAAAGAAAUUUCUAAUGAAAAUCUCUAUCGAUUAGCUGUAGAAAAUAAACUUAAAAAUUAUUUAUAUAAUGAUAAAAUUAUUUUUCAAGGUUACGAUUCAAAUUGGUUAUCACCUGGAUAUAUAAAUAAAAUAAAUAAUAAUAAAAAUAAAUAUACACAUCAAAAAGCUAAACGUAAAGCAUUUGCUGAUAUGAUUGAAGCUUUUAUUGGAGCUUUUUUAUUGUCAAGUAAUUAUAUAACUACAAUUAGAUUCAUGCAUUGGCUUGGACUUAAUGUUAUUCCAGUAGAUCAAAAUGAUCAUAUUUUGUCGAUUCCACCAAUAAUACCUACACAACUAGACAAUGAAAUUCGAAGAAUUUUUCAUGAUGAAGAAUUUGAAGAAAUUGAAUACAAACUUAAUUAUGUCUUUCAAAAUAAAGCAUAUCUUAUUUCAGCUUAUACUCAUCCAUCUAAAUCUCAAAAUUCUAUUUUAAAUUCAUAUGAACGAUUAGAAUUUUUAGGCGAUGCUCUUCUCGAUUUUCUUGUCAUACGUCAUACAUUUCUUAAUUAUGAUAGAAAUUUGACACCGGGUCGAGUAACUGAUAUUCGGCAAGACUUAUCAAAUAAUAAUCGUCUAGCAUAUAUAUUAGUUUCAGCUAAUCUUCAUACAAAAAUUCGUCUUAAUUCAAAUGAACUUUUAAAUCGUAUUAAAUCCUAUAUAAAUAAUGAAAAUCUUUUUCCAAAAAAUCAAUCAAACAAUAAUAGAUUAAAUCAAAAUAUUUAUCAACGGACUGAUUCAACAACACCAAAAAUCUUAGCUGAUGUAUUUGAAGCACUUAUCGCUGCUAUUUUUUUUGAUUCGAAUAAUUCAUUAGAAAUUGUCUGGAAAGUUAUUGAACCAUUUCUUGGAACACUUUUUGAUCGAUCUAUUAUUGAUCCUAAUUUAAAUCCAAUACGAUCAUUUAUAGAUAAAGGUGGUAAAAUACUCGCAGAAUUUGUCAAUGAAACUGGAGCUGUUUGUCUUGUUCAAAUGCCGGAUGGUACACUUUAUGAAGGAUAUGGAGAAAGUAAAAAACGUGCUAAAUAUGAUGCUUGUCAACAAGCAAUGAAUUAUAAAAUUUAA